UUUUUCUCCCUCAAUUUAACGUAUUCUGCUGCCUUUGAACUCCUCAGACAAACAUCGACGAGGCAUGUCGCACUGGAUGGGGAGGAAAUUCGAUCGCCACCAAAUCCUUCGGGAGAAGGACCCAUGGCAAGUGGCUAGGAAAGUCUUUGAUGUGGCUCUAGAGUUUGCGCUCCUAGGUUACGUGGACACUGCAACCGAUCUCUUCAACCUCUUUGAAAGCUUCAGUCAGGGUUGCAAAUCAUCGUGGAGCCCCGCUUUGUACUUCGCCUGGGACGCAACAGGCUUAUGGCCCGACUCAAUCCCAGCCAGUGAACGUACCAAGGAUGCCUUAUCGAAACUGGAGACCGAGCGAAUUCUCUGGAAACGAGAGACAAAUGCGACUAAGGAGGGAUUGGACAAGCUCGUUGCGACGGCAACCGGAGAGGGCAAGACUGAUGAAUGGGGGGACGCACAAAUUCGACCGGAUGACCUUACAGCCGCAAUCGACCUCGCACUCUUCAUGGGUGAGAAAGAUAAGGCGGAGGAAAUCUUGCAGGUAUUCGCGGAGAAUUUCAACGUGACUUGGAUAGAUCUCUCAAAGUCACGAGGGGUGUGGCAGCUACUGAAGGACAAAGCGCUGGCAAAGGCGAUUGGAGUGGACGAAGAGAAGAUGGAUGCUUUCCAAGAGGAAGUACUAGAGACUUUCACGGAACGCCUUGAGAAGGGCGCCGCAAGGGUAUUUCGCGAUCUACCUAUGAAGACCCUCGUCAAUAUGUGCAACGAGAACACUCUGAAGAACGCGGUAUGGGAGGAGAUGGAUGGCGACCCCGACGAUCCCCCCGAGACGAUUCUUCACGACGGAGCAACAGAGGAACAAAUUGCAAGGGUGGAGGCAAAGCUUGGACAUGAUCUGCCUGAUGAUUUUAAGGAAUUUCUCACACUCACCAACGGAAUGGACUCAUACUGGAAUGGCUUCUACGGUGAACCGAAGAUUCAUGGCACCGAAGCGAUUCACGUUUUCGAUGCAAGCGAACAACAAGAAAUCUGGAAUAGCGCUUCGGUUGAGAUUGCAUUCGUUACCAACAUGAGCGUCAAGAUCGAAUGGGCCACGCUGGACCGCGUUAUUCAAAUCAACGACGGGGCGGAGGACUCUAAGUUCGUCUGGCUGGUUGAACCCGAGUACGGGCAAAAGCUUGGCGGAAGCUUUUUCGCGGCAUUUCGGCAGCUUCCGAAAGAGGAGCAAGAGCAUGUCAGUAAGCUACUUGGGUAUUUCCACGCCGGUAAGGAUAAUUCUCAGUCGGUUGGCUGGCAGGUUUGCGUAUGGUGCCCGCGGACGCUGGACCUGGUGACGUAUCACUCCUGGAGGGAGUACCUCGAGCUUCUGGCGGGCGAUACGGCGAAAGAAGAUAUACUUGAUGAGGAAGAUGAGGAGGGGCGCUUGCUGCAUAGCCAUGAUAUCUUCGCAUAUCAACUGCGGAGAUGCGGAAUGUAGUUGUCCAUGUCGAGUACGGCGUAUUAGAAUCAAGGGCGGCUAUUUGCGGAAUACCCAC